AUGCCGGAGGAACGCAAUAAGGACGCAAGAGGACGCAAACGACUAUGUUGUCCAAACUGCGACUUCAUUGCGUCCUUGCGGCGUCUAUUGCGACCCUACUUCGACUAUGGUAUUCCGAAUGCGACCCCAGUGCGUCUUAAAGGACGUAUUAAGGACGCCCCCCCGGUUAUUACUUUGCUACCUUCUACCGGAAGUUCCAUCAACGACGGUUUGCAGGCGGCCGCGGCGGCUCUCCAUACGUUCAGUGUGACCGACAGCGACGACCUUGUCACGAGCUCCAUACAAGCGCCGGAAGCCACCUUUUUUGAAGUGGAAGCCGCUACUAGCCCAGCACCGACAUUUGUGACUGGAAUUCCCGGAAAUUCCACUGACGUCUCAGACGACAUCGUGAUUGCGACGUCAUUGGGGAAGUUCACAACUACGGACCCGGAUACGACGUGUUCUGUGACGUCACCUGUGACAACAGUCUAUGAGAUCAGAAAAAUUGCGUCACCGACCGAUCCCCAGAAACCAGAGUUCGAAGUGUGGAUCAGUAACGCCGUUACCCAGGCGUCUAUCGACUUCAAUGACCAGGCUGUUCCGCUGCCGCUAACAAUCAAGUGCACAGACGGAAACGUUGUCAAUGACAUCACGGGGACGUUUAACGUCAACAUCGUCGACUCGCCACCGGUAUUCACCGCACUGCCUGCGACCGGAACUAACAUUUUCGACGGUCUCAAACACGCCACCGAGACCCUUCACACGUUCAGCGUCAUCGAUAGCGACGACACCGUUAUGUGCUCUGCAAGAUCGCCGGAAAACGACCUUUUUGAAGUGGGCGCCGGCGUUGCACCAAGUAAUAAACUGGGAAAAUCUAUAACAAUUAGAACCUCGUUCUGGGUAAACUGA